GAACCCAAGGCGGCGGUGGCGGCGGCGGCGCGGAGGUCGAUCCGCCGGCUCUCUGUCCCCUCCCCUUCGGCGUCCCCUGGCGACGCGCGCGGCCACACCUGCAUUAAACGGGGGAAGUCCGUCCGGUGGAGAGGCAGAAGAGAGGGACUGAAGGAGGGCUGACCGAGGGAGCACGGAAGCAACCUUCAGCUGCUCCUAUCGCGUUUUACUCUUGAGUGGAAAACGCUGAUCCGGAAAAGGUGAAGGCACGAAGGCAAAGGCAGGCAACGAUCGGGGUACUGAGACUUUGUAACCGUGGACAACACAGGAUGAGAAUGAGGAUUAAUAUCGAAGUAGACCGGAGCGAUUCGGAACAGGAGAGACAGAGUAUGAUCAGCUGAGCGCACAGGUUUUCCCUUGUGAUCCCUGACAGAGCGAGGACAGUGACACUGACUCAGCCUUUGUCUCCUCAAUGUUUCCGGACAGAGUUAGGCGCCCUGGGUGCUGCUGCUGUCCAUUGUGACUGCAGAGGAGAGAAAAAAAAAAAAAAGAUCCAGCUUGUCUGCAUAAAGACCUAUUCAGCAUCCUUUCUCUUUGCAAGCAAUACCGUAUACCCCGAGAACAGCAGUGAAGUCUCAGCACUAUCUUUAGCCCCAAGCUUCGUUCUCAGCCCCCUCUCCCCUGUCCCACUCCCUCAAGUCCUUUUCCCAAACCCAGCUUCAGCUUCAGCCUAAGCCCUCUGCCCCAUUCGGAGUCCCAGAUGACAGCUCGGAAACAUCCGUUACCCUCCCACUCUACACGAGCCUUCUUUCCUCUCCCUCCAGCCCCCGCGGCGCUUGGCACUGAUGCCCAUCACAUAGACAGAUGGAGCCAACCCUGACCCCUCUCCUCGCCCGUGGGGACGCCAACAGAAUCAACGCCUGACUAGAGGAGAGGGGGGGUGAGUGAGAGUGUGUGUGUGUGUGUGUGUGUGUGUGUGUGUGUUGGGACAGGAAGGAGAGUAUUGCUUUGUCACCACAGCAACACAUCGCCCUGUCUCCUGUGGACUCUCCUUCAGGCCAACCCAAGGCCCUCAGCUGAAAACGCAACACAGCAGGAAAUUCGGCAGCAGGACCAGAAGGAACGAAAUUCUCCUCCCUAAAUUUUGUUGCUGACAUAUUUUUGCUUAUAUUAUUAUUUUUGUUUGUGUGGUGAGAAGGCAGGACCAAUGUCAAAACUCUAAAUAUAGGAAACAACAUUUGAGAGGAACUGGAAAGCACCAGGUGACGGCUCAAUCCGCAGUUUUCUUAAAGCUUCCCCAAAACACACAAAAAAGGUUUCUUUCUGAGCUCAAGACUCGCAAUCCUCUGGAAAAAAUAUUGCUAGUUUUACUUGCAAAGGUCUUUUUUUAUUGGGCUUUCCGAGCCUCGACAACAAAAAGAAAUACGACUUGACUCCAGUCCGAUCUUCUCUCUUCUUCUUCUGCCUUUUCUGAGAUGCAAGGCCUUGGCUGACAUCUACUUUGUUUUCAAGGCGUUUGCAGCUUCAUUCUCUUGACUAUUUCCACCUGCAAUUUUUUUUUUUACAAGAAACAAGAUUUUGGGCUGCUACACUUCCACUGGAUGUUGUUGAUGUCUUCCAACCCACUGAGCUGACCUGCAUUCUGAUUAGCCUUUAAUGCCACACAACCAAUUUGAAAGGGACCGGGAAAUCAACAAUAAAAUGAGACACUAAUGGCCCGGUGAAAUGAAUUCAGCCGGCUGACAUAACAGAGGGGGGAAUUCCAGCGUCCCAAAGCUUCCCAGGUGAGUGCAGCCACCCUUCAAAACCAGGCCGGAGUUCAGAGGAGGUUGUUUGAUUUGAAUGUUAACUUUGGGAGGAGGAUUUGCAUCCAUCUUCAUAUCUACAUUCUUGUAUUAAAAAAUGUGUAAUCAUUUACACAGGACCAGGAUACCCGUCUGAACAUUGUGGACAGAUAAAACUACAAUAUAUUGAGCUCAAUCAAUUGUUUAAGUAAAUUCCCAGUUUAAAUGAAUAUCCAUACACAAGCCAAGAACUCCAAUUUGAGCAUUUGAGGGCAUUUUACCCAGCAGAACUUUUUGAUCUUGACACAACUGUGGUAACUGUUGGUGAAAGAAACAAGGAUUGAAGGGAUUAUCAGUUGGAUUCUACCUUCUGUGGUGGUGGCGUCCUUAUUCAGCAGGGUGGGAGCGGCAUCAGGAUGCCUGAACUGGACAACUUUUCCCCCCUGAGGGAUCCCAGUGGCUCUGAGCUGGGCCUAAACGGUCCUGCAGACCCUCUUCGGAUUCAGCACAGCAUCCUGGAGGAGCAGGUGGAGCUGUGGUGGUUCAGAGAUCCCGGGAAGUCUCUGCUCUGCUACUGUGUGGCCGUACUUCUGAUCCUGGGCUGCGGGCUGGGCGGAGUCGGCCUUCUCUCCACCACCACCAGCGUCUCAAGUGAAUGGCGGCUGGGGGCAGGCACGGCCCUCUGUCUGCUCGCUCUUGGAGUCCUGCUCAAACAGCUGCUGAGCUCAGCCGUGCAGGACAUGAAUUGCAUACGAAGCAGGCAGCGGAUCGACAUGCUAAAGAGCGGCGGUUUAUCGGACCUCCUUGUGGUUUCUAUUACUGGGCUGUCAUUGUUGAUCUGUGGUGGGGUUCUACUACAUCUGGCCCUGGCUAACCACAUGCCGAAACCCGGCCAAGCACUUAAUGACAUGUACAUCUCUGGAGUGGUUUUGCUAGCAGGAGGAGGAGCUGCCGUUGUAGGUGUUGGAAUAUACUCCGUCGUGGUCAUUCUUCUUGAAAGGACAAGGCACGGGCGAAGGUUGGUGGACCGGGUUUUGAAUGUCUUCACCGUUUCUGGACACAUGGAGCGUCAGGCUCGCAGAGAGACUACCUCCAGUCUGGCUAAUCUCAUAUGAGAUGUGAAAAAAAGUGUAACUCUUCUCCUUGUAUUCACGACAGAACAUUAUCCUCGUCUAAAUUACAGCAGGCGUCAAAAACAUGACAAGAAAUCUGAUUAAAACAAGAUUCAUCACUUUAAUGCUUCGGCCAAUGAAACUAUGUUUUAAGGCAAAAAUGGGUUGAAUUUUAAAACAUCUGCUUUCUGAAGAUAUGAGUAAUAAGCAAUCAAAUCACAGUCGUGCAGCAAAGAUAAAAACUGAACACUGAAAAAGAGUAACCACACAGCUACGCUCACAAUGCAGCUCAAAUUGUUCCAAUUCAGAUUGUUUCCUCGACACAUGAAAAGAUGUAACAUUUUUGAAAGUGUCAUUUAAGAGCUUAAAUUAGCGUUUUAUUUUCUGUUCUGUAAAAUUUACUCCACUCACAAGGGACAAAUGCCAACAUUUUGGUGCCUGGGGUACUUUGGCAGGGGCAGUGUGCACUGGGCGCCAACUAAAAGAAUGAAAGUAGUAAAAAAAAAAAAAACUGUUGAUAUGAGUGGGUAAGUAGGGAGGACUGAAAUGAAAAGCACAGAAGAGAUGUUUGUUCACAACUGAAAUGAAAUCUCUGUUUUUGGCUUUGUUAUGGGACAGGUAUGGCAGGCUGAAAUUGAACACAGAUGGACGGUUUGAGCACAGCAAGUACUACUAUUUCAUUUACAUAAUUUUCUCCACAUUUAAACAAAGUAUGUUUUAAGAGUUAGAGAUAUAAACCCUUUUCAAUGCACACUGGUUAUAGGGGUUAUCUGCAAACUGGACUGCAGCACAUUGGAGAUAAUUUAUCGGUUUUAAAUAUGGAUUCUGUCACACUGUGCUUGGACCAAACUUCUGAUCACAACCUGCCUAAGCUAAUGAGAAUCAACUGGAAGGCUAACACAUUAUAGAACGAUUCAGAAUGAGUCAUACAGAGGGGAAAAAACAUGUUAGAAUUAUCUGAGGGAUUCUUUGAACAAGAGAAAGCUACAAUUAUUGGAUUAACUUUUAUAUGAUCUGAUAUCUUUCCUGAAUUUAAUAAUAAUCAUAAUAUUUGACUGUGGGGUUUGUGACAUACCAUCUCUAAAUUUCUGUUUUUACACUCUGUAAGUCAUGCAACACACACAUAGGCUGAAAUAUACACAUGCACAAACAGGAUCCUAUGGGCAUGCACUAAUGGAGAGAUGCCAGAGUGAGGGAGCUGCCCUGAGCGCUCCUGAGCUGAUGGUGGGGGGAGGGGAUCAGUGCCUUGCUUAAGGGCACCUCGGUAGUGCUCUGGAAGUGAUCUGGCACCUCUCCAGCUACCAGACCAACUUCCAGAUUUGGCCCGCACCGGAACUUGAACCGGUUCCCAACCCAAGUACCUACAGACUGAGCUAUUGCCGCCCCAAACAUUAAUGUAGGCCUAUAUGUGGCUGCCUUUAAACAUAAUACAAGACAACAUGAUUGUUGGAUAUCACAGCACUUUACAAUGUCAAUUACGUUGGCCUUUUUUUGUGUAUCAAAACAGUACUGAUUUAACUGUUUUAUCUUGCAGCGCCUGCUUUUAUCGAUAUUUUUGAUAUUAACAUUGAAUCAUAUUUCUCUGUAAUGUAAAAUGGACAGUCGUGGAAUCAUGAAUCAGCAAUAUCUUCUGCUCUAUUUUUUUUUUCUUUAAAGCUUUGUAUGGGUCAAUGUUUUUAUAAUAUGGUUAUUCCAUAAUGUUGGCAACAUUUUCAGAGAGCUCAACAAUGGCCGCACUCUUUUUCUGUGGAUCUGGUUUCGGAAGUAUUUUCCCCAUUCAAACCCUCCAUUGAACUUUCAGAAACUUAUGUCAAUAUUUUAUUUCCUGAAACCAACCAACCACCAACGCAAAUACUUGUGACUAUUUAACAUUUAAUACUUAGUAAAACUAAGAAUAAGGCAAAGGUACAAGACUUAUGUAGCCUACAAGAGUGAGGAACCACGCAUCCCCUAAUCCAUUGCGAUUCCAACGAAAUGAUAGAAGGCGUGCCUCUUUCAAAACGUAGUUGGACCUUCUUUCUACAUUUAUCUUUAUCAUAGUGUUUAUAUUGUUCAUACAAUAUUGUCAUAUAUUAUAUAUAUAUAUAUAUUUCAUAUAAAAUGUGUUGAACUACCUUAAACUUCAGUGGUAGCAGCCGACAGUUGAAUUUCACAAGAGCGGGAAACAUUUCCAUGGUAACAGCGUGCUCCACCAAUCAGAGAUGUCGCUGUGACACUCAAGGAUUGUGGGCAGUGAAGUUUGUUUUUUCCUAGAGAUCUUCAAACAAGAUGUCACACUCAGGCAGCUUGUGGUAAGUCUACCUUGGAUGGUUAUGAAAUUACGGCUAAUAAUCAAAUUCAUGUGGAGAAAAUGAAUGGGAAUUUUACUUCCGGAACAACAGAGCUCCGUAGAGCUGAUACAUCUUCAUUCCCACCAUCCUACCAGAGUGAGUUAAGGUACAAGCGGCUGAUUGGGCUCAGUGUAGCUUUCAUUUUGCUAGCUAAAGAUUCAAAUAUCUUUCUCAGAAAACAGAAGAUAAACAGGGACUAUAGAUCUGAACCAGAGGAACGCUAAAGACUCUCUGGCUACCCUGAAGAGUCGAUGAACAUGUCAUUGUUGUCUCAAAAGCAGACCAUCAAACAUUAAAAAAAGACGCAAAUAAACCUUAAUUGAAAGUGUAAA